CUAUUGCUGAAGAUGGAAGGAAAUACUAGCAAUGGAGGGAAACCUGGCGUGUCAGGAGGCAACAAGAAAAAAUCUACUAAAAAGUGCAUACCAAGGGAAGAGCUUGUAGUGGGGAAACUAGCAACUUCUGAGGGGAACCCAGUUUUGAAGCCUGCUGCAGACCGUAAAGGUGACUGCUUCCAGUCUGGAGCUAUUAAACGUAAGAUGAGUGGUAAUGUAGUUUUACCCUCGGCUAAAAGAUCACUAUUUAAGAAUGAGAGAGUUAAUCUCUCCAAAAGCUCCGGUGAAAAUGAAUCAUCGCAUUUAACUGGAGGACAAAAGAACAAUAAGAAUUUAAACUUUGUAAGGCCUGAAUCUGUACGAGCUGAUAAUUGCAUCCCAUCCACAACACCAGCAUGUGAUAACAUGAACCAGUCAGGAGUAAUAAAAUUGUUCAAUGGAUCAGGUGAUUUUUCAAAAUCUUCAUCCACUGGCACUGAAGACUCAACAAAGAACAGGAUUGUGACUAAUGAAAUGAAUUUUAAACACAAUAAUACCUCUUUAAUUCCUUUUCCCCCAAAAAGGAGAGCUUUGAGGUUGCUGGAAGAUGUUGAUGGUGAUAAACGUAGAAAUCCAGUUCACCGUGUUACUACUGUCACUUUGAGAGAAUGUUCAGGCUAUGGAAGAAAAUCUGAUAUGCGGCCAGAAACUUGUUGGAACUUCCCUCAGAAUGGUGAUAAAAAUUUUGCUGGAAAUGUAAGCUCUAGAGUUAAUAAAUCUCCCAACAAUGUCACAGGUAGCAUGGGGUCGAUGGAGGGUUCCUAUUCAGCUUCUAGGCCUCGUAAUGAUGAUGUGAAUGUGCUGAAACGUUCUGCAGACUUGCUUGCUAGCUCAAAUUCUGUUAGGAGAAAAAAGUGUAAAUCCGCUUCUCCAAAUGGUAGAGCAGCCAAUAACGAACUGAAAAAUUUAGUUAGCUCUGGCUAUACUGACAAUUUGGGGAGUCUCAAAGCUCUCAAGCAACAUGGUAGAAAGAAAUCCAGUGCUUUACCCAAAUCCAACAUUUCAGUACUUGUUCAUAAAAACAGGUCCCAUCUUAAUUUUACGGCUGAGAAAGAUGUUUUAGCAGGACAAAGUUCUGAUAUUACGAAGGAGGCUACUGCUGAUUCUGCUGAUGGCAAAUUGACAGAUACUACUUUGUCAAUGAAACAUCUUAUUGCAGCUGCUAAAGCAAAGAAAAGGCUAGCACAUUCUCAUCAAAGAAAAGGAAACUUGCUACGUACUGAUUCUUCAAAUGGUAGUAGUGAAGUUGAGAUUGCUAGAGAGACUUUCGAAAGAAUGAUAGAAACUUUAUCACGAAGUCGAGAUAGUAUCAGACGAGCAACCCGUCAAGCUAUAGACUGUGCUAAAUAUGGUAUUGCAAAUGAGGUUGUUGAACUUCUUAUACACAAAUUGGAAGAUGAACCAAGCCUUUCUCAUAGGAUUGACCUGUUCUUCCUUGUGGACUCUAUCACUCAAUGCUCGCAAAAGUUGAAAGAGGCAUCGUAUGCACCUGUUGUCCAGGCAGCUUUACCACGCAUUUUGGGUGCUGCUGCUCCUUCUGGUUCUUCUGCCCAGGAGAAUAGACGUCAGUGUCUGAAGGUUUUGACGUUGUGGCGAGAGAGGAGAAUUUUGCCAGAAUAUAUCCUUCGUCACUACAUGGACGAAAUUGAGUUUCGUAAUGAUGGCUUGAAUUCUGAGUUUUCCAGUAGAAUUCCAUCUUGUGCUGAACAAUGUGUGGACGAUCCCAUAAGAGAAGUGGAAAGCUUACACGUAGAUCAGUAUGGAAGCAAUGCAGCAUUCCUGUUUCCUGGAAUUCUUUCUACGCAUGUUUUGGAAGAUGAUGAAGAUUUUCCGAGCAGUCCAUGCAAUGAUACUGCAGGAUUUUGUCCACAUAAAUUAGGUGUUUCUGAAGCCGUUCCUGGUUCUGAAGGUCGUCCAAUGGAAGCGCAUCAUCAUACAUUGGAGCAUGUAGAGAAUGAGAUAGAGAUGGAAGAUGAACUUACAUUAUCUUUUGAAGAGAGAUCUAUAGGAGAAGUUUCUACCUACAAUUAUACACUUCAUAAGGAACAUUGCUCAGCUCUUGAAUCUAUAUUUGGUAAUAAUAAUGGGCUCCUACUUUUACCGGCAGAAUCUCCUCCACUUCUUCCUUUAGAUCCUCCACCUUCUCCACCGCCAUUACCUUCUUCACCGCCUCCCCCUACACCUCCACCUCCAUCAUCACCCCCACCUAUGUCACCGCCAACAGUCUCAUCACUGCAUCAAGUUUCCUACUCCAGUUCGUCAUUUCAACAAUGCGGUGAAACUAUACAGCAGAUGCCUCCUCAUUCUUCCCUGCCAGCACUGAAGAUCCUAAACCAUUCCCUUCCAAGUUCUCAAAUCCCCUCAGGCCAUCUAUCUCAUGGAAAUUCCAUGUUCCAUCACGCCUCAACUUUUCUACUUGGCCAAGGAACAUUUGGCGCAAAAGAGCUUCAUUACCAUAAUCAUCUUUAAGUGUACCUUUUGUACAGGAUGGACACUUUAGAUUAACUACUACUGAUUUUUAUCAUCCCCAACAUUAUUCAGCGCCAUCUCGAGCUUCAUUACCAGGUGAUAGUUUUGCCAAUUUUACCCACACAGAUUUUCGGAGGCCCACAUAAAUGUAAUUAUUCUUGAUCAAGGGGUUGCUAUAGGAACUGAACCACAAACAUCGCUUGCUCCUUUAUACUUCUUCAAGUUUAUGGGAGGUUCAGAGCUUUGUAUAUUUACAUCAGAGCUUUGUGUAUGAACAUUGUGGUUGAUUUUUUGUUGAUAUUCAAAGGUGCGUUGGUAGA